AUGUUUGUUGAACUUUGGCACUUUAUGGUUCAGGUUUAUAUUUUUCUUUUGAAGUGGUUUAAACACUACUAUGAACCUGUGGAUAUUAAAAAUGCAGAAACUGGUAGUCAAAACAUGGUUCCUAAGAGUGUUAACUAUCAUUUUACAAGACAGUGCAAUUACCAGUGUGGAUUUUGUUUUCACACUGCUAAAAAUUCGGUUGUUUUGCCUGUGGAGAAAGCCAAACAUGGACUGAAGCUGUUAAAAGAUGCAGGAAUGGAAAAGGUCAACUUCUCCGGCGGAGAACCAUUUAUUCACAAAAAUGGGGAAUUUCUUGGUACUCUAGUGAAAUACUGCAAAGUAGACCUAAAGUUGCCCAGUGUAUCCAUUGUGAGCAAUGGUAGCCUUAUAAGGGAGGCAUGGUUUAAGAAAUAUGGAUUAUACUUGGAUAUUUUGGCAAUUUCUUGUGAUUCUUUUGAUGAAGAGACAAAUAAGAAGAUUGGUCGUGGACAAGGGCGAAACCACGUACAAAAGUUAAAGCAAAUAAGAGACUGGUGCGAAAAGUAUAAGGUAAUGUUUAAAAUCAACACCGUUGUGAACACUUACAAUGUUGACGAAUAUAUGGGAGAAUGUAUUGCUAUUCUGCGGCCAGUACGAUGGAAGGUGUUUCAGUGUUUGUUGCUGGAAGGAGAGAAUGCUGGACCUGAAGCUCUGCGGAAUGCGGAAAAGUUUGUCAUUAGCAGUGAAGAGUUUGAAGAGUUUCUAGAGCGGCAUAGUCACCUGCCUUGUUUAGUGCCUGAAAGCAAUGCUAAGAUGCAAAACAGUUAUUUGAUUUUGGAUGAAUUGAUGCGGUUUUUGGACUGUAGAGAUGGAGCUAAGAAACCGUCUAGGUCUCUCUUGGACGUUGGUGUCCACAACGCUCUGAAUGCUAGUGGAUUCGAUGAAAAGAUGUUCCGGAAGAGAGGAGGCGUAUAUGUUUGGAGCAAGAAAGAUUUAUUUAAAGACAGCGAAGAAAUGUUUUAAAACAAAUGUGUUAUUGAAGCAAACUACAUUUACCUGAUAAGGUACCUGACUUGUGUUUUAGUUAACGACAGUACGAUAAUUAUAUUAUUUUGUAAACACUAUAUACAGACUGAGGAUAACUUGUACCUGAAUUCGGCACAGGUUUUCUUAAGUUAAAAUACUGUUUAAAUAUGAACAGAAUAGAUUUAGAAUCUAAGAAUUUUGAAUUUUGUUACUUAAUCUAGAGAUACAUAGGCCUACUCUCUACAUAUGUCUUACAUGGUCUUAUGUAAUAAGAGUUACUCUUUCUAUAAGUUAUGAAUUUGAAAAUAUGACUUUGUAAGAGUAUAUUUUGAGUGUAAUUAGUCAAUUACUUAUAAGUGCUUCAAAACAGGAUUACUCCUUAUUUAGGAUUACUUAAGUUUGGACUUAUAUUGAUUUAGAAUAAUUAAUUUUCUAAUCUUUGAUAUUGUAUUUUUCAACAUUUCCCCAACUCUUCACUUUUAACGAUUAUAUUUAUAUAAUGGUUGUUAAUAACUAAAUCACAAAUACGUAAAUAGGGGAAGAAAUUAAGUAAUUAAUCAUGUGUCACAAAUGACAGUAUUGAUGAAUCAAUAUAAUCUCUAAGUUAUCUAUCUAUGUUUUUAAAACACUCAACAUGUGCAACUUAUAAUAACAAACAGCUUUUCGUUCCACCAGAAUUAGAGUUCAGUAUUUGAAUUUCUUACAUUUUUCUCUUCUUACAAACAUUUAACAGUAACUUUCAUUAAGCAACAAAUCUGUGCAAAAAAAAAAAAACACACACACACAUUCAUCAUGGGUAAACACUCAAACAAAACUUCAAUAUACUGUACAAAUAUAUAUUUUAAAACAUAAAUAUUUUAUUAGAUAUAUAGAACUCCAAAAUAUUGUAUACAUGUAUACCAAUGACUAGAAUAGAAAUAAAUAUGUAUAGUAAACAUCACAUUUACACAUUAACUUAAUUUGUUGGAACUUAUUUUGUUCAUGAACACACUCACAGUAACGACAGUUUAUUAUAUUAUAUCACUAAUAUUUAACUACAUAGUUGUUUGAUGCCUAAAACGCAACAAAAUUAUAAAUUAGAUCGUAAAGGAACUGUAAGUUAA